UAGGAUUAUUAGUUGGUUAGGUUUAGGCAGCUCUGCUACUGCAAUACCACUGUCAUUCAUUAUUGUCGAUGCCACAUAAAAGAAGUGUCUCACAAAAUUGUGGGUUCAUUCCAAAGUUCUCAGUCAAUCCGUCAUCACAAUAAUUACCGUCUGUUGACCACCUUCAAGAAAGGUUGAAUUUCAGUCACCUGUAAAACAAAAUUCACUCAAGUUGAUUUUCCAACGUCAAAACAUUUACAUUCCAUUUUAUAUUCCGUGUGGAAAUUUUUGCCCGAAACCAGUGUCACGUUCUACCCAUUAUUCGCCAUUCGAGAGGAAAUCUUCCCACACACAUUUAUCUGGUCCACCGAAACAGCAGCUUAUCGAUUUUCCUCGCCAAACCAACCUGCAUCUCAAGUUGUGAAAGCCUUGCUCCAGUAUUUCGUUGGAUCUGCUGGCUGAGCUGCCCGUCUCAGUUUUGCUCGAGUGACGCAAUCAUUCGUUGCAUAACUUCUUUAACCAUUUAAAAAUCAAAACUACCUACAAACGGAAUUUUACCAGCAUUGUUGAACACAACUUCGUACGAAAUAAAACGCAUAAAAUAAUCCUAACAAAAAUAGUAAAUCGUGUAGUAAUCAUCAUCAUCAUCUGACGAGUGACGCGGAUUGCGUUGGUGUACGUAGUAACCUUUCGUUUGCAAAACAUGAUAUUGCUUGAACUACUUUUUCGGUCUACACGAAAGUGAAUCAGUAAAGUGCCAGACAAAUUGAUGAAGUAAUCUUGCUAAGGUUGAACCCCGUGACCAAGUCUCUGAAAUAAAUAGAGCCGCCUACACACACGAACAAAUCCAGUCAGUGAUCUUAUGCCAUUUGAUCUUGAAGCCGUAUAAAUAUUUAACUGCAGUGUGUUGUUGCUGAAAAAGUUCAUCAGAAAUUCAUCCUUGGGUUCAUUGAGGCUCGUUGCGUAUAGGAAAUUCAUGACCAUGAAGAACGAGGGAGUUUGGAUAUUCGCAUAUGGUUCACUUUGCUGGAGACCUGGUUUCGAAUACGAAGAAAAGGUCUUGGGUCAUAUUAAAGGUUUCGUGAGAAGAUUUUGGCAAGGAAAUACUGUUCAUCGGGGCACUGAAGAAAAGCCUGGCCGUGUAGCAACAUUAGUCUCAGAUAAUCAUGGUGAAACACAUGGAUGUGCCUUUAGAAUAUCGGCAGCCAACUCUCAGAAAACGCUGAAAUAUCUGAAUAACCGCGAGACGGUUUUGGGUGGAUACUCGUCCGCCAUGACCCUGUUCUACCCGUGUGACACUGAAAUGAAGCCGGUGAAAGUGAUCCUCUACAUUGCGCUGCCUGGAAAUGUCGAUUGGCGAGGUCCAGACAAAUUACACAAUAUUGCAGAUGAGGUGAUCUCGGCCACUGGAGUGUGCGGUAGUAAUACGGAGUACGUGCUAGACCUUUGUGUAUUCCUGCGGGCCAACAGUUUCAAGGAUGACCACUUAUUUGAACUUGAAAUGAUUAUACUGGAGAAAUUAAAAAAUCCUGAAGAAUCGCCAUCAGAGUCAAACUCGUCCUCCGAGUUUGACACGGAUAGUAUAUGACAAUUUCUAGCCUUGUCAAAAGAAUGCAUAGUAUUAAUUAAAUUAUUGCUAGCAUACAUUUGUAUCUCUCUAAUUUUUGUACCAAAUAUCUAUACAAACAUAACUAAAUUAAAGAUGUAUAAUUUCUGAUAA